GGGAGGUUUCGGAGCUCUACAGAGUGCGGGCGUUUGUGACCCGGAGCUGCGGUCGUAAGGCAGCCGGCCCGCCGCCAUGGCCGACCACCUGAUGCUCGCCGAGGGCUACCGCCUGGUGCAGAGGUCGCCGUCCGCCGCGGCCGCCCAUGGCCCUCAUGCGCUCCGGACUCUGCCGCCGUACGCGGGCCCGGGCCUGGACAACGGGCUGAGGCCGCGGGGGGCUCCGCUGGGGCCGCCGCCGCCUCCCCAACCCGGGGCCCUGGCGUACGGGGCCUUCGGGCCGCCGUCCUCCUUCCAGCCCUUUCCGGCCGUGCCUCCGCCGGCCGCCGGCAGCGCGCACCUGCAGCCUGUGGCGACGCCGUACCCCGGCCGCGCGGCCGCGCCCCCUAACGCCCCGGGAGGCUCCCCGGGCCCACAGCCGGCGCCCAGCGCCGCAGCCCCGCCGCCACCCGCGCACGCCCUGGGCGGCAUGGACGCCGAACUCAUCGACGAGGAGGCGCUGACGUCGCUGGAGCUGGAGCUCGGGCUGCACCGCGUGCGCGAGUUGCCCGAGCUCUUCCUGGGCCAGAGCGAGUUCGACUGCUUCUCGGACUUGGGGUCCGCGCCGCCCGCCGGCUCCGUGAGCUGCUGAGCGCGGCCGGCGCCCGCCCGCCGUGCCGGAGAGGAGAAGGGGCCCGACUGCCCGCCGGACCCCGCACCCAGCGACUGGGCCCCGCGCGCGCCCUCCGCGAGGGUGGAGGCGGCGGCUGUGUGCGCGGGGCCCGGCACCGGACUGGGACCCUGGCGUCCCUCCAGGCCUUGCCUCCUGCGGGAGGACAGUUUGGCUUCACUUCUCUGAGCCCAGCCUCGGCCGUAAAGUGAAAGAGACUGGACCAGCUUCAGCUUUCGGACUCUGGUUCUUGGAUCGUGUCCUCUCCCCCUCGCGCCUCUCUUCCCCCAAUCUGAGCCAUUGCAGGCCUCUCCUGCUGCCCCCUCUCUCCUCGGGAUCGGGUCCCCAGAGCCACCAUCUCCUGAGCCUUCCACCCCGUUGCCUGGGCCCUGUGGUUGCUGGGCCUCCCACCUCAAGGAGGGGAAGGUUGUACAGCCCGAACCCGUGGAGCAAUGCCCUAUCUGGCCUCCAAAACCAAAAUAAAACUGGGUCACUUUA